AUGCUGGCUGCUACGGCAAAGUUCUCGUACAUGCCUGAUGUGGGUGUGAUGCACUUUGUCGGGCAGGAGAUGCCUCGCGUCUUCAAGGGCGAGACGAACAUGCUCCAAGAGAUGCGAAACCACAACGUCCUGGACGAUUACUACGCUGGAGGUCUCGGAUUCUUGCAGUCUGAAAUUGGCGCUGGUACCGGUGGUGCUACCAAGAGGAUCUUGGAGCAUUGCCCUCAGUUCUUUACUUACACCUUCACCGAUGUGUCGAGUGGGUUCCUCGAGUCUGCCAAUGAGGUCUUCUCGGAUCACAAGGAUCGUAUGAUCUACAAGACUCUCGAUUGUGGCUAUGAUCCAGUCACGCAGGGUUACACGGAGGAGUCGUACGAUGUGGUGGUUGCUUCGUUGGUCAUUCACGCCACGCCGAACCUUGAGGUGACUAUGCGCAACACCCGAAGGCUGGUCAAGCCAGGUGGCUUCCUCGUAGUCGCCGAGGGCAGUAAUAAUGGUCAGCCCCACGGUACAGGAGGUUUCAUAUUUGGACCUCUUCCAGGCUGGUGGCUCGGUGCUGAUAGUGGACGUCCACACUCGCCCUUCGUUUCGACCGCUGAAUGGGACCGUCUACUCAAGGUCAGCGGCUUCGCAGGCAUCGACUCGAUAGCCCCCAAGGAGUUCGAGGAUGUCAUUGGUAUGACCGUCUUUGCCGCGCCGGCUGUAGAUGAUCGCAUCAGCUUCCUGCGAGAGCCAUUGAGUCCAGCAAUUUUCAAUAGCUCCGCAGUACCUCCGUUCGAAAACCUGGUCAUUGUGGGAGGUCUGACUGAUCAGACGGAAGGCGUGGUCAGGUCCAUGAAGAAGGCCCUCGCAGGCUACGCUCUCCAGCUCCAGUCCUUCGAGACGCCCCACGAUGUGAACUACAGUCUCAUCAACGAGAACACGACAGUGGUCUGCUUGACAGAGCUCGACACGCCCCUCUUCGAAGACGACACACCAGAGGACUUCUCCGCCUUCAAGACGAUGUUCUCAACACCGAUGAAGCUCCUCUGGGUCACCAGCGGUCGACUUGCCUCGAAGCCAUUCUCCAACAUGACUGUGGGCUUCGGACGUGCCGCCGUCCACGAGACCAUCAAUCUGCAAUUCCAGAACAUCGACUUUGCCGACAUCAAGCAUCUAGAUGCGCAAGGACUAGUCGAGAUGGUUCUCCGCUUCUCGGCAUCGACUGGUAUGACUGAGGCUGAGCGGAAGCAGGUCUUAUGGGCCAUCGAGCCGGAGAUUGCUGUUGAUGCGGAGGGCACUCAGCGUGUGCAGCGCUUAAGGCCAAUCGCUGCGCGGAACGAUUGA